CCCGCUGCUGACUCGGCGCUUCUCUCGCCCUGCCCACUCGAGAGUUUCCGCCGCGGAUUGUCUCCCUCACAGCCAUGGCGAGGCAAGCCCAGGUCCUGUUUGACUUCACGGCGGAGGCUGAGGGUGAGCUGACGGUCAACGAGGGAGACAUCCUGACCAUCGUCGCCCAGGGAAGCGGCACCGGCUGGAUCGAGGUGGAGAAUGCGGAGAACAAGCGAGGAAUCGUGCCUGAGAACUACGUACAGGUGUUCAACGAAGAGAGCCUACCUCCACCGGACGAUGCACCGACCUGGACAGAGCAGGCGACCUACGACCCAGGAACGUGGCCCAAUCAGCAACAAGCAGAUUCCGACAGCUGGGAGGACAGCGAUGGGGAGGGAGCGAAGGCCGGCUCGCAACGCGGGGCUCCCCAGGGCAGCCCCAGGCAGGGUCGCGCCAACGCCGCCUCCACCCUCCUGGGCCUCAACAGGCUGGCGCUGCCAAUGGGGAAGCUGAAUUUGGACAACUACCUCCUGGGCAAGUGCACAGUGACCAGGACUGACAGGAUCCCCUUGGUUAUGGGUGAGUCGGGCCCUGUGUGGGAGACAUCCUCCGAUAAUCUCGUCUGCGUCAUCUCUUCACCAAAGAAAUCCACCAAACUGCACGGCAUGAAGAGCUUCAUUGAGUACCAAAUAACCCCCAACGACAGCCUAAAACCCGUGUCCCGACGCUACAAACAUUUUGAUUGGCUGCUGGAGCGGCUGAUAAGCAAGUUCUCGGCUAUGGUUCUCAUCCCGUCACUCCCCGACAAGCAGGUGGCAGGGCGCUUUGAGGACGACUUUGUGGCAUUGAGGAUGGAGCGGCUGCAGGCGUGGAUGUCGCGCAUCUGCCUUCACCCCAUCCUGUCCUCAAGCUCCGUCUUCCAGCAUUUCCUGCACGCCGCCACCGAGAAGGAGUGGAAGGAAGGCAAGAGACGUGCGGAGAAGGAUGACGCAGUCGGAGGAGCGAUAUUCUCUAAACUUGAAAUGUUCAACGCCGUGGAAUUCCACGCAGAUGAGAUGGAGAAAAGGGUAGAUAAUUUCGGGAAGUUUUUCCGUUCAGCGGACGACAGCGUGAAGCAGCUGCUCGCCAUUGGAAACGUGCACUAUCGCCGAUGCACCACAGAACUUCCCAAGGAUUAUCGAGGUCUGGGGAAAGCCUUGAAGGACGUUUCACAGUCUUUCAGCAUGAGCAACCAUCACGCUGAGGGGUCGCUCACCAACGCGCUCUCUUUUGCCGGGAAGACCUACACCGAGAUUGGGGACCUCGUGGCCAGCCAGUCCAAGAUGGAUCUCCGUCUCUUCCUGGACUCAAGCUGUGAAUACAAGAGUCUCCUCUCUGGCUUUCCUGAAAUUCUCUCCAUUCAAAAGGCGGGACUCGACAAGAUCAAGGAGUGCGACCGGCUGAUCCAGAUUAACAAGAUGGCCGCCGGAGAGAAGGACGGAGUUGUGCAGAGAGUGCACGUCAUGUCGCUCGGCCUGCAGGCCGAGGUCAACAACUUUCACGAGAGCCGCAUCCGCGACUACAAGGAGAGCGUGCGCCAGCUGCUCUACAAUCAGAUCCAGAUGCACCAGAAGAUCGCCGAGAUGAUGAGAGAAGCCUACAUGCGGUUCGAAUUUGAAUCCCAGUGAAGACGAAGACAACGUGAAGUCGCCCUCUUUAUUUUUGGACCGUUAUCCUGGCUUGCAGUAAUUUUUCCAUAAACAACCCAACGUUGAUAAGAAGAAGAAAGUUACACCAGGCUUUCACCAGUUGUCGGUUUCUGGUGAGAAUAAGAGCUCUUUAUAUUAGUUCUAAAUUGUUGGGAAAAUUAUCGGUUAAAAUAAAAUCAAUUUAAAUAAAAAGUGUCUUUCCAAAAAAAAACUACCCGCUGUCGGAAUAAAAAUGGAUUCAUCCUUUGUGUCGUUAGACAAUUGCUUUGUGGGUGUAGGAAAUACGAAGGAGAAAUACGCUAAGUGACCAGAGCUAACGCGUGAUUUCCACUACGCGAUGAGUGCUGCUCUUGAUUCAUUCAUAGAUUAAGGCAGCACGACUCUGACAUUGUUGGAAAAACCAAUAUGCAAAAGCUUGAUCUGUUGUGGACAGUGCUCAGCGCGGGAGAUAAAAUAAUGGGUUUUGAGUUUUCUUCUCACAGAAUCGUCUCCAUCGCCUCUUUAGCUAAGAGGCCCAUUGCUGUAACUGACACUAAUUGGAAAUUAUCCUGCGUCUGAAUUCCAUCUAAUCGUGCAUCCCAGAGAAUCACGUCAAUCGGUGCCGACGGUCGGUACAGAAUAUCCCUCCAAAACCCCGCUUAUUAAAAAUGCGCGUCGCCAAAAGGGAGAAAAACACUCUGCUGGUCUGCACGAUGCGGUCUCGCCGUGCUCCCUGCGUUCACACCGCGCUGCAGCUCCGUGCCAGAACGAGCCAAACGAAUGACGACGUGAGCGCCUCUGCGUUGAUGCACCGGUACGGAGCGUCCAUGGGGCGUACCGCAUUCUCCACAUUUUUGUUUAAAGCGAAAGUUGUUAUACACCUUGGGGAAUGCGUCUGUUCUUUGGGAAGACGUGCGUUCAUCUGGUUGUUCAGAAGACAUUUCCCCGCUUGUGCGUUCAUAAUCAUUUUCUGGGAAGAUGAUUUGCCAUCGCACUACAUCCCCACCCAUGAGGACAAAAGACCAGAUGUUCAGAAGCCCCUUGCAGAAGACAUCCUUCCCCCAUUAUAAAGCAGCGUGCUCGUAAUCAUCUUCCAGACGAUGGUUGUUCAUAGUGAUACAUUGUCUUGCAGAUGAUGUGCGUUAAUCUAAUUGUUCAAAAUUAUCGUAUGGAAGACAUCUUAUCUUUUUAAAGCAGCAACGUCCAUAAUCAUCUGCUAGAGAACUGCUGUCCAUAGCAAUACAGUAUUCUCACGAUUAUAAAAAAACUUUAUUUUAAGUUAUAAUUGAACGGAAAGAUUUUGGGGUGCAUCUGUUACUUUCUCACAGCAUCUUAUUCCCUGGAGAAGCAGGACCUCGAAAUCGUCGUGGGCUUUAAGGAGAAAAUCGAAAGAAUUGUAGGUGUGGUUGGAGAAAACGUUACAAGAAAUCUUGGCUUUCGUGACUGCAGGAAUUCAUAUUCUUGGGGUCUUUCGGUAAAGUCACGUAGAUAGGUUCAAAUAAAAUAACAAAAAACUACAACGUUUCGAUCGCAACACAAGCGGUCGUCAUCAGGAAGAGGGGUUACAAGAAAGUCAGUCUCGUCGUUCAAAGGCGUCUCACCCUCGCGUGGGAGUUCUGUACGGACUGCACAAACACGGCGCUGUAGAAUGCAGUGACUGUAAGGUUGAGCUAAAGGUUAUUAAUCCUAAUCAAGACACUGAUUCUCAAAACCUUUUGAGGACCCAUUGUGAAACUCUAUGUAAUUUGCUUUUGAAAAAAAAAACCGACACAAGCACAUGCACCUCCAAUUAGCACGGUUGGCUAAGUAUCAUGUGAAAGAAGUUCAACACGUACAUUUGGUGAAAACAUUUAUUAUCUCAGUAUCCUACAGUAUUUCAAAUUGGCACGUCAAUUCCUUUGUAAUGUUUUCACUUUUUAAUUUGCGAAGGCUCCGUUUUAGUUUUCUUCAGAUCCCGGUUUUGGAGUUUCACUCACGGAACACCACUGCCUACCACCUGGCAUGGAUUGUAUUGCAGUUGAAGCGUGCCAAUUCUCGCGCGUGGCACGUUUGUAUCAAGACCUCUUUGAGUUUUUUGAGUUUGUAAGUUUCGGGGGAAAAGAAAAAAUAUAUAUUUUCUUGUAAAAGACUUUGCAAUGAGAUUUUAUUAAACUGAAAUGUAAAAAACGCCACCAAUUAUGAUAAAAAUGUGCCUUUACAUUUCAACACUGAGAAAUACAAUUGCUGAGCUUAUACACGUUACUCUUACAAGAGCAGUGUUUUAAAACGCUGUGCCUAAGAGAUGUCAAACAUCUAAAAACCUGGAGCGGUGUUCAACCCAUGCUCAUCUGGUCUCGUGCUCGUCUACAGUUCCGAUCCGGGGUUGGUGGCUCCGGUGUGCGGCUGAGUGUUAGCCGCUCGGUGUGUGCAGAGGUUCGUGGUUUGAGCCCCGUGGUCCACCCUGGUUAAUACUGUUGGGUGUAAUUCAUCUUUGUUACGACGUGCCUUCCUUCUGCCUCACGUUGGAUGUUAAUGGAUCUUGUGACUGGAGUCAUGGUGCAAAUUAUAUAUAUAUUUUUAAUAUACCCGCAGAUUACUCGAUUGGGAAACGCAUCGCAGCUUUGCCCCCUACUAGUAACCGACUACAAACCUACUCAGGCUAGAGGAAGCGUAAGACUUUUGGUAAUGACCUUGCACGAUAAGAACGGCACGAACACCAAAUGGGCUCAUUAUUUGAUUCGACGUGUGCGUAAGUCACCUUGCUCAUAAAGCGGUGCCUGUUGAGGGCAGUAGAGGAAGCCUCUGACUUUGCUCUGCGCGGAUGGCUCUCUUGCGCGAGUGUGCGUUUUGUUAUAUUCCCUCCUACACGUGGCAUAUGUGAAUCAAUAGGCCAAACAUGCCAAACAAGACCGACCCUCUUGAAACAGAACCUCGAGACCACUGGUCGGAAUGUCAUUGUAGAAGUGCCAGUAUGAAACCCCUUCGUGGUGCGGGUGGAAACAUCACGGUGUAGGGAUAGGAUGAGUCCUGGGGUGUGCCGGUCCUCGCGUUUGGCGUUGAGCAGUGCCGCUGGUGGCGUGCCAUCAGUUAUACGCACGUUUUGACCACUGCGCUCCCCCGUAGUCUGGUGACACAUUCUAAAAGCAAUCGACCCGUUUAAACUAUGUGGAACUUAUUUUUGGGAAGGCAAUACUCGUAUGAUUAUUUAGAAAUGUAUUCUCUAAAAAUUAUCACUCAAUCCUCUUAUAUUUUGAAAGCUUAAUAGCAGUUACUGUGUAUUGGAGUAUGGACCAUAUAUUUUUUAAGUGCAUUCAUAAUUAUCAUCACUUUCGCAUAGUGUAAGGUAACGAGUCGCAUGCAUAAGAGUUCCAUUUGUGUUCUUGAAUAUUUACAUGCUUUAUAUUUUUUUGCUGAAGUGCCAUAAAAUGUUACUUUAAGUCGGGCGAAGAAUGCUGCGCUGUUGAGGUAUUACGUUCAUGGGUGAUGAUAAAGUGGCUUCGGCGGGCAGUCCGUGCCAGUUUACACACGUGACGGUUCUAUUUCCGCUGCAGGCGCACGGUCAUUUCCGUGCAGGUUUCCAGAUCACGCGCCUCCACCUGCUGUCGAGUGGACGUCGGGAAAACCUUGCGGCGAGGGCAUCAGUCGCAUGACUACAUGCCCGGGUGAUGUGCUGUGCCACCCGAAUGUCUGAUCUCACUGCCCAACCCAAAUAAGCAGAGUGUUUUAAGGAAAAUCAAACACCUAACUCAUUUGUAAAGUUAUCAGUAUCACCGGCCGUGGCUCAUGCACGCUUGUUGUUGGUGGAUCACACACAGAUGUUGCGAAACUCACAGAGGGCAUUCAAAUGUGACAAAUCCUGCCUCGCCAGGGGAACGCAGUAAGGCAGAGAUAUGGGCUCCACCUGUUCCGUCUCAGUUUCCCCCUCGCGCGCUGUGUGGGUUUUCUCCGGACGUGCUGGUUUCCUUCCACAUGUAAGCGCUCAUUUACCUGGCUCGUAACACCUUAAUAUGUGGAGGACCGCAGAGCUUGGGAAAAUCGUUGGCAAACCGGCUCACCACGUGACUGCCUUCCUGCUUUCUGUGGUUCUCUAUGCCUCCCGAGUCGUUUUCUCUCUUUCGAGAGUGAAUACCGUGCGCAUUACAAGUUGAACUUAUUCUAAGUAUGGUCAGCUAGCCUUGUCUUCCAAAGGGAGGUCAUGUGAAUUCGCAUGGCUUUACAGUACAUGGCAGACAGGGCCUGAUAGGUGGCAUGUAUGCCGGUGCCAUGUGCAGUUCAGCCGUUGAUGAUGAUAAUUAUUCCGAGAUAAUUUGCUCACGUAUCCAAAGAGCUCGUAAUUGUAAUCGAUAAAAUAGCGAUCGAGCUAGUAACGUGCAUUUGUAUUUCUUAGGCUCUGCUUAGAGACAAAGUAGUUAAAUACCACAAGUGUUUUCAUUAUUGCAGGUCAGAAAUGUAGUUGAGUGUAUGUGCAAUCAAGUCGAUGGAAAGCGCAUUGUUUAUACGCUUACAAAUAGAAGUGUCGGUAAUUUGUGAUUUCAGAAUGUUACAGCGUGAAAUUUUUAUUAAACGUACCAAUUGUUAAUUUAAUAAAGGGGUGGGUUUUUUCGCUAUGCAGCAUAUAUAUGCAGUACAUAUAUGCAGUACAUAAAUAGAAAAACUCAUUUCUUUACAACUACUUUUUUGUGUUUAGUUUGUUGUACUUCCCCGACACCUCUGAUUAGCCACGGUUGGCUACGUACGGUGCGAACGAAGUUCAACAUACACACAUAGUGCGACGGCUUCCUUGGCGCUUGCCAGGCAGAAUGGGCACAGCAGCAGCCGCAGUGGGCGCCCACACGCACACAGAGGGUACCUCGUGACGAUGCCAAUCAUUUGCUCGCGCAGAGAGAAUAAAGUAUGUCUUAUGCUGAUGUCUUAGAGCACAACAACACAACACAAUAAAACUUAAAAACGAGUUU